AUGAGGACAAGGACCAGUGUGAAUGAUGACAAGUUAUUCCAAAACUUAGUUUUUAUUACAUCGAUUUUAGUGAUCUCGAUCUUUUUGAACCACAUGAACCUUUGGUUUGCUACCAUUUUGUGUGUUUUUUACUGUGUGAAGAUUACAAACUACAACCACAGGUUCUUCAUCAUCCUGAAGACCAGGAUCUCAAGUCUAGUCCAUUGGUUCCUUUUGGCAUCUCUGACAAUUUCUAUAGGUUGCAGUCUUCCGUUUAGUGGGUACGUUGUGGAUCUUGGUCUACUAGAGUUUACCUCUGUUUCAGCUGAAAAUAAAACCUUCACCAAAGUCGUGUAUUAUAAGACCACACAGAAUGUGUUCCUGGUAUUACUUGUGGGUUCCCUUCCUCCUUUCCUAAUCUUUUGUGUAGUGAUCUUCUUAUUAAUUCAGUCUCUGUGGAUGCACGUCAGACGCAUGAGAAGCAGUGGGGCAGGAAGCCCCAACUUAGAGGUUCACUUUUGUGCUGUAAAGAGUAUGACCUUAUUUUUAGUCUUGCAGGUUGUAUAUUUUACAAGUAUGAAUCUUCAAAUGUCUCCCGUACUCAUCAAAAAUUGGAAGGCUUUCACUUACAUCAUAAUAUGUAGUCCUCCAUUUCUUCAUUCACUGUACAUCAUCUUCAGCACCAAGAAACUUAAGGAGACAUUUCUAAGAUGGUUUUGUUGCCGUUAA